AUGGAACCAGAUGACAAGACAACACCUGGACACCCUCUCGACAGCGUUGUGGAAACAACACCGGUCGUGAUAAUCGACUUCGAUGAGUCCAUCCAACACCCUCACAAUUGGCCGAAUGUCCAACGAUGGUCCAUCCUGAUCCUCAACACUCUGAUCAGCCUCCUGGUGAACCUGUCCACAACGAUUGUAGCUCCCCUGCUGGAGACUAUCUCAGCAGAAUUUCACAUGGACCCCCAGGUGGAAGGACCGCUGGUGAUGUCGAGCUAUGUGCUGACCCUCGCACUCGGGCCCUUGCUCCUGGCGCCCUUCGGGGAGCUAUAUGGGCGCGUGGUCCUGAUACAGUGCGGCCUGCUAGUAUAUCUGGUGUUCAAUCUGGCAUGCGGAUUUGCAACGACCAAGGCCCAGCUCAUCGCCUUCCGCGUGUUGGCGGGGAUUGGGAGCGGAGCGGCCCCCGUGGUGGGCAUCGCCAUGAUUAGCGACUGCUUCCGCAAUGAUGAACGAGGGACCGCCUUGGGGGUCUUGAACAUGGCUUUUAUUCUGGCUGCUCCCCUGGGGGCCAUCGUGGGAGGAUUGGCCGCCCAAUCUACGUCCUGGCGAUUCAUUUUCUUCGCACCCUCCAUCGCGGCGGGAUUGCUCGUCCUCGUUGGGCUCUUUGUGUACCACGAAUCCUAUCCACCGGUCAUCCUCUCACGCAAGAAAAGACAAUUCCAGCACGACGGCCAUCUCGUGUGCAAAACGCCCUAUGACGAUCGGCACCCGACCAUCGCAGACCUCUACUAUAAGACCAUCAUCCGACCCGUAUACUUCCUCACCACGCAGCCCAUCAUUCAGGUCCUCUCGCUCUACACGGGCUAUAUUUACGGCUUGACGUAUCUCAUCUUCUCCACCUUUACCAGCUUGUGGGAACAGCAAUACCACGAAACAGCCUCGAUCGCUUCAUUGCACUACAUCGCCGCAGGGAUCGGUUAUUUCAUCGGGAUUGUCGCCUGCAUCCUGUUCGCGGAUCGAAUUUACCGUGGGCUGAAAGGGAAAAACAAUGAUAUCGGGCGACCAGAGUUCCGGAUCCCGAUGAUGUCUGUGAGUGCUAUCCUCAUCCCGACGAGCCUCUUCUGGUAUGGCUGGACGGCACAAGAGCACAUCCAGUGGGUGGUGCCAAAUCUGGCGAUUGUCCUCACCAUGUGUGGCUGUACCAUUGUCUUUCAAUGUACGACGGCCUACUGUAUCGAAGCCUACCCACUGUAUGCGGCGAGUGCCUCCGCAGCGUCCUUUUUAUGCCGGGGGCUCUGUGCUUUUGGGUUUCCCUUAUUUGCACCCAGCCUGUAUGCACGGCUGGGGUAUGGCUGGGGCGAUAGCAUACUAGGGUUUGUGGCGCUGAUAAUUAGCGGGCUGGUGCCCGUGGUGCUGUGGAAAUUUGGGGUUCGACUGCGGAAAAUAAGUAGCUAUGCCAUCUAG